AUGACCUCCCUCACUACCACGCUUGUCGCACCGAUGGGUGUCGCUGCAGAAAAACAAUGUCCUAUGUGCUGGGGAGAAGGAUUUCUCCAAGAUGGUUCUGGCACUCACGAUAGAAUCCAGGAGUUAGAGGGGCAGGUGCAUGCGUUGACAGCGCGCGCGUCAGCUACAGCCUCCAAACUCAGCGAGUACGAAGAUGAAGUCCGACACCCCCCCUCCCAAACCGACCAGUCACCACAACGCCCAACAACCUCAGACUCCCAACCCCAAACAUACCACAGCCGCCUCACAAACCUCGCCUCUCUUCUCCCCUACCGACGCGGCAGCGCAACCCCCGCUACCGCACUCCCAACAUCCAGCGGUCUCCCAAGCACCCCGACCGCGUUGACAACUCCUAUCCCACACAUGUCCCCCGCGAACAGCGAGCACACUGCCGAGCUGCAGGAUGCGCUUACGCGCGAACAGAGACGGCGCGAGGCUGCCGAGUCGCAGCUUUCGCAGGCGAGUACUGAGCUAGAGGAGUUGACUGUGCAGCUUUUCAGUCAGGCGAAUGAGAUGGUUGCGGAGGAAAGGAGGGCUCGCGCGAAGCUUGAGGAGAGGGUUGCUGUGUUGGAGAGAAGGGAUGUUGAGAAGCGCAGUCGGUUGGAGAGGUUGGAGAAGGCUAUGGCGCGUGUGGAACGGUUGAGGGCUUUGGUUAAUCACCAAUGA